CUUGUGAGAAUACGUUGUUUCACAGUUCUAAAAUGUUUAAACGUGCCCUUAUUUUCUUUCUCGGCUUCAACGCUGCAGUUUGUGAGCACAUCAGACAAACUGAAACAUGUGCCCGUCUUCAGGACUGUGUUAACCCAUUUGAUAGAGUUAAAGAAAACUUUUUGAAAGACUUCAUUGUUCAAAAGACAUACCACAAAUUUUGUCAGUCAACCCCAGACUUCGGCUCUUGCUACUUUAAAUUUGAGGACGAAUGCACUAACGAUGAGUUUAAGGAUACCCUGCUAAGUAAAGUCUUGCUGGCUAGAUUUCUGUGCUCUAAUGAAAGCGUAAAAGAAAUAUCCGCCUUGGCUGGCAAUGAGUGCCCAACUAACGAUCAGAAGAUGGUAAAACUCAUACAGUCUUAUGAUGGAUGUAUGCAGCAAUUUGAUGAUGAUAUACAGAGUGCCGAUAAAAUUGAUAAAGAUAUUUCGUCCAGCAAGUUAUGCCUACUGGCGAGUAAGCUAUUCACUUGUGUUAGAAACACAUCUACUGCACACUGUGGCCAGAGAGUAGGAAGUUUCCUGACCCGCAUGUGGGAUGCGGAAGGCACAUUUCACGAAUUUCAAUUAGCAAGUUGCACGUCACGCUCGUAACAAUAUUGAGGCCAUUGUUUUGUUAUUGUCGGGGUCAGACUAACUAAAACGCUGAACAUC